AUGGCCAAGAUUAAGGCCCAAGACCUUCCUGGCAAGAAGGAGCUGCUCAAGCAAGUGGAUGACCUGAGGGUGGCAUUGUUCCAGCUAUGUGUCACCAAAGUGAGAGGCGGCUCAUUUCUAAGGUCUCCAAGAGUUGUUCACAAAUCCAUCGCCUAUGUUCUUGCAGUUAUUAACCAGACUCAGAAAGAGAACCUCAGAAAAUUCUACAAGGGCAAGAAAUACAAGACCCUGGAUUUGUGGCCCAAGAAAACACCAUGGACUCAACAAGCAAGAGGAGAGCUGAAGACCAAGAGGCAGCAGCGGAAGGAGCUGCUGUCCCCCACCCUGCAAAUGUGCAGUCAAGAGCUGAGCCUCAGUCACAACAAAGCACUCACUGGCAAAAAUUAAUAAAUAAAAAGCUUCAAAUGGAAGAAUGGGAGACAAAGAAAAGACCCUCUUGGAUUGAUUUGUCAUAUUAUAGGAUUUUUUUUUCUUUAGAAUAAUCCAAAUGGUAUUGAGUAGAAUAGAGGAAAAGGAAGUUCGUAAUUAAUAGGAGAAAAUGUCCCAGAAGUAAAUGACUCAUGAAGUAACAUAAAAAACAUGUUUUUA